GGAAAUACACACUGUCAUGGGCUCGUCUUCUUCUCCAUAGGCAAUCGCGUGUACUCCAGAAACAUGGUUCAAGCAUCACUCUCCUGGGACACCAUCGGUCCCUUCCUGGUCUGGCAGUUUCUGAUCCCUUUGGCCGCAGGUUGGACCCAAACAGUUCUCUACAGCAUCUUCAUCCGCGCCGGCUCUCCAAAACCGCAGCCAGGCUCCCAGCGCUUCAUAAGCCACCGUCGUGCGAUCCUGAUUGCCAUCUACGCCGCAUACUUCCUCUUUACAAUCUACGAAGUCGAUUUUAACCUCCAGCGCUCAGGCAACGCGUAUAACCUCCUUGGAGUGCCCAUCGACGUCGACGAGAGCGGUCUGAACUCACGAUUUCGGCGGCUUACGAUAAAAUACCAUCCGGAUAAAGUAGGCGCGGGCGUAGACAGGGAGCUGGCGAACAACUACUAUGUGCAUUUGAAGCAGGCGCGGGAUGUGAUUCUUGAUCCGGUGAAGAGAUUUGCAUAUGAUCGGUUUGGGUCUGAGAUCUUUGGCCGGUGCCAGACUUGCCUGACAGUGAAGGAGUAUGUGGACAAUGCGCUGGUGACGACGGCAACGAACUACGGGGCGAUCUUCGUGUUCCUGAUUGGGGCGAACGCAUUAGGGUUCCUGAAAGACGGGAGUUACUGGAGAUACCUGGGUCUUCUAGCUGUUGCGACGUUCGACCUCAGAACGGCGAUGCGACCAGACUACCCGCCUGUUUUGACAAAGUACCUGAACCCGCUUGUUUCCGGCCUCCAUCUACGACCCGCAUACCUGCCUUUCCAGGCGACGGCCAUUGCAAAGAAAGCUUCCAUAUCUCUGGCCCAGUUUCUCAGCCUUCUGAUGCCACUCUACCGCGACAACCCGAACAAUCCUCAGCGAUCCAGCGAAGACACUGACGAGGUACGCCACAAACAACUCGACCGCCUCGUUGCAUUCGUUGCAGAGUCGAACAAGGAAUCUUCGAGGCUCAUUGAACUCGAGUCAAUUCCGUAUCGAGACAAUGAAAAGGCGAAGAGCGAGCUACGAGACGCUCUAAAGAAAUAUAUGGUGCAGAAUGUGGUACAUCAAGAAAAGGACGUACGCAACGCGAUAGGACAGAGCAUGGCACGACGGCGGACGGGUGUUCCCCAUGGAGCAGUAGGCACGAAAUAAAUGAAUAUCAAGGUAGGAACCAGCGCCAAUGUUCCCAAUGAGCCUUCUUUUUUCUCACUGUACUUGCUAUGUGAUGCUGGGCAGAAUGGCCAGGAGCUGUCCGACAAUAAGCACAAGAAGAGUAGAGAAACAUACCCCAAUGUCCAUGUGCUCGCUUCUCCCAGUCGUUACGUCCACGAAAGAUCAUGGCGGCCUCGAUCCGUAUGCUCUUAGGUACAUAACGCACGGACCACAGUUCCACAGUCGUGAAUGGAAGACUUUCGAGGAACAAAAGCGAGACAAAAAACAUACAGCAGUGUCACUCUC